CACACACACACACACACAUAUAUUUUUUAUGUAUCUUUUUACAUAUCGUUAAGUGUUACUCCUCUUAGUAUUAUCAUGUGUGCCUUUGAUGAUACGACAUAUCGAUUAAACCAAAUAAGAUAUGUAUAUUUACAUGCGAUUUACAAUUGUAUUUUAUAAAUUGAUAUUCUUAUUAAGAAAUGCGAUAGAAUCGUGAUAGUAUUUAAUAUUUUCAGAGAUUUACAAGACACAAAUUUAUACGUAUAGGUUAAGUCAAAACGUAACGAAUAUUUAGAUCUGGAUAUUGCAUAUUUGUACAAUCGUAUAAAAUAUAAUUCUCUAGUAUAUUUUGAUAUAUAUAUAUAUAUAUAUAUAUAUAUAUAUGUAUGUGUGUAUGUAUAUAUAUAGAUAUCUGAAAAAAUGGAAUAAUGAAGUUUUCUUUAGAUCUACUUUCUUUUUUUUUACUUUAAUCUAUGUAUAUCGACGAACGCGAUAAUGGUUGAAACAUUAUUAUAUACAGGCGUAUAUAAAUAAUAUUAAUUUUUGUAAAUUAAUGAUCGUCGAAUAAUUCGUUUCGUAUUUAUCUAGUUAUAUUCCCAGAAUUGAAUGAUAAUGAUAUCAGUAUUAGAGUAAUACAUUGAUAACUGAAUCAAUUCGAUUCGUGUAACGUGUAGAUAGAUAGAUCGUAACAAUAAGGUAAAAGAUACAUUUAUGAGUAUAUCCUUUAAGAGCCAACGAAAAGAAGCGAUUGUACAAAUUUUGAUAUCUCUUAUGUGAUAACCACCUGUGCCGUACUUAUAAUCAAAAAUAUUACGUAGUCUGAUUUUUGUAUCAAACAAAGCCCUGCUCAACGAAACCAUCGACUUUUUACAUCAUUUCAUUUAUCGAUAAGAUCGUUGCAAGAUAUCGACGUAUUGCCGUAAGUGUAUUACUUACGUCUUGUAUAUUAUUAUAAUGAUUUUUAAAAGAUCCUUUCGAAAACAUGUUCACGUAUUUUCACGUUUAAUCUCUAGAAGAAUAUCCUAUUGAAAUUAUCGUUCUAUGAAGAAUUGUCUUCAAUACAAUGUGAUUAUUAAUCUUUUGAAAAUAGAAAAAGUCAUGUAUCUCUGGUCGAUUAUAUCGGUACGAUCGAAUAAAUAAAUAAUAGUUUACGAUUAUAUCGAAUCUGAAGCGAGAAUCUGAAUCGCGAAUAGAGUCGAUUGUAAUAGCAAUAUGGCUACGUUUUCACGUUCUUAUUUAAUAUCAUUGUCACUAUUUUAAUCGCCGUCACCAUUCAUAUCUUUUAUAAAAGCAUACUCUUUGAUCAUAUUUGAAUAAAUCAAUUCGAUUUCAGUUUUAAUUAAACCUAUAAGAUACGCUUUGAAAGUUCUUUCUCUUUUCUCUUCAAUGGUCACGCUCGAAAAAUUAUAACCUCUAUAAUAUCUAAAGAUAAAUAAGUAUGCAAAGUUGAGAAAAGUAGAAGAAACUAGGGAUAGAUACGUCGUAAAAGAUACGUUUCCGUUUGAACAAAGAACUCUCGCAAGGCACAACUUUGAUAAUAAAGAAAUCUUUAAUAACGCGAUAUAGUAUAAUAAAUAAAUUGUUACGAAAUACUGUAUUGUAGUAUCCUCUCUCGGCUCUUUUACAUUUUCUUAUGACCUAUGCGCCUUAACCGAUAUCGCAGACCACGGCUGCGUAAUAUCGAAAGCAUGUUCGACGACGCGUUCGAUUGAAAAAAGAAGAAAAAGAAAAAGAAAAAGAAAAAGAAAAAAAAAAAAAAAAAGAAAGAGAAACUAGAUAAAAAUGAGCGGGGGUGGGGGAAAGAGAAGUGAGCGAUGUGGCGGAGAACUGGGCGAUACGUGUAUGACAGGUUUAUGCGCACCGCCCCGUUAACAACUCCCAAGUGACUACCAAUUGAGCACUUUAUUUGGUUUAUCACUUAAACCUUUUCAAGCAGCAUCUCGUAGAUCCGGGGCGUUGGAGCAAAGAUGCUGGCGGGUUCCUGAAGAAAGUAAUAGACGACAGGGAUAAUGGUGCGUUAGAUAAGAGGUGCUAAUCGCUUGGUAAACCGUGCAUUCACGAGAAAUGGAAGAUGAACAACCGGCGAGAGAAGCCAACAAGAUAUGCGGUGUUUGCGGCGAUCGCGCCUUGGGAUACAAUUUCAAUGCGGUCUCUUGUGAAAGUUGUAAGGCCUUCUUCAGGAGAAACGCACUUAAAAAUAAGGAUUUCCGGUGUCCUUUUACAGAAAAUUGUAGCAUCACACCAGUGACUAGACGUUUUUGUCAAAAAUGCCGCUUGGAUAAGUGUUUCAGUAUUGGUAUGCGUAAGGAAUACAUCAUGUCUGAAGAGGACAAGGUUUUAAAGCGUCAGAAGAUAGAACAGAAUCGUGCAAAGAAGCGGCCUCAAUCGGAUAACGUUAAAGCUUCUAAAAUUAAGAAGGAUUGCGUGGAAGAUUGUACCUUUGAGGAUACAGCUAUGUCAAUGAAUUCAGUUGCAUCUACUGUAUCCGAUACGUACUUUUGGGAGUCCGACAAGAAGUAUGCAGACUUAGAUGCGGGUAGGCAAAAUCCUAUGGAGAAUAUGAGUCCGGUUACUGCAGCUAGCGUUCCAAGUCCAUCUAGCCCACCGGAAAGUGGAAAUAUAACAGGAUCUAAAACUUUAGAUAUGCUAAAGGACUCUUAUAGUAAUAAAUGUAACUUUGUUAAGUACGAGUUAAUCUCCCAAUACGAUGAACCUAACGCGGAUGUGGACUCUACUAGAAGAAUAGAAACAUCUCAUUCGCCUAUACAAAGUCGAACAAGGUACAAUGAAUUUGAUCUUGCAUCUCGAUCUGCGGGAAAUGACAAAAGUAUGUCCAUAAGUUCACGAAAGUUUGACCAGAAUUUGUUAGAAUUUGAUUCCAAUUUUGGUAAUUCGAGCAAUCAGUCGCCACGCUAUACGCACGAGUACGAAGACAGUACGACAAGUUAUUGCAAGUACGAACAGAGCCCUGAAAGUGGUCCCUCUACAUUCAUUGACUGUACCUCGAAUGUAGAAGCUACGCAAUUGAAUUUAAGUCCCAUUUCUCAUACUAAUGUACAAACGUUUACCGAAGAGACUACAGCAUGUCAGAGGCCAAAAGAAAUGUGCCCCAAAGGGAACGAUUUAGUUAAUAAAUUUACGCAAAAUCCAGGACUGGUUAUGAAAUUUGUCAACAAUCCUCAUCUAGUUGCAAAAAUCUUUCAAGAUAGAAAUUUAAUUUUGAAGAUCAUGACGGAUCCGGUACUGGUCAAUAGAUUAGCGGCGGAUCCGCAAAUAUCGCAAUUUUUUAAAGAAAAUAGUAUAGAUAAUAAUGAUGCAGAUCCUGUGGAUCAUUUAAGCUCUCACCAAGGAGAAGACACGAUGGAAGAGCACGUUUCCGUUGCUACAAGUAAACACCAAUGCAAGAGCAAACAAUGUCACGUGGAAAAUCCAAUCUUAACGGAUCUAAUAACGUAUAAAAAUACUGUAAAUUACAAAAAUAAAGAUGCAGCAGAUUCAACUAUGAAUAAAAUGACGGCUGACGUUACUAAAGAUGUACUUCAAGAUGUUCAAAGAAUACCUAUUGCUGCCAAUUCGAUCGAAUCGAUAUUGUGUGAAGCUAUUAAAUUGGAAUUUUCAGCAUAUUCCGCUCUUGGUGGGAAUCAAAGCACCAGAGAGCUAAACGAUGCUGAAAGAGCAAAGUUAAAUGAAUUAAUAGUAGCUAAUAAAGCGCUAUUAGCUCCAUUAGAUGAUGAUAUAACAAACUUAGUUGGAGAAGAAUGCAAAUUUAAAGGAAGUUUCGGCCAAUCCGAUCCUAUGUUAUUGGACGUUAUCAAUUUAACAGCUAUAGCAAUACGACGUCUUAUAAAAAUGUCCAAAAAGAUGAAUGCUUUUAAGAAUAUGUGCCAGGAAGAUCAAUUGGCCCUUUUGAAAGGGGGAUGUACAGAAAUGAUGAUCCUAAGAUCGGCGCUUAAUUACGAUCCGGAUAAAGAUAUGUGGAAGAUACCUCAUAGCCAAGAAAGAAUGUCAAAUAUAAAAGUUGAUGUUUUAAAGGAAGCAAAAGGUAAUUUGUAUGCUGAACAUGCAAAAUUUGUUAGAACGUUUGAUCCACGAUGGAGAGAUGAAAAUAUAAUUUUAAUUCUAAGUGCAAUUGCUCUAUUCACACCUGAUAGACCAAAAGUUGUACACAGUGAUGUAAUUAAGUUGGAGCAGAAUUCGUAUUAUUAUCUUCUGAGACGAUACUUGGAAAGCGUUUAUCCAGGUUGUGAAGCUAAGUCCACUUUUUUAAAAUUAAUUCAAAAGAUUUCUGAACUCCAUAGAUUGAAUGACGAGGUUGUUAACGUUUAUUUAAAUGUAAAUCCAUCUAGCGUAGAGCCAUUACUUAUAGAAAUAUUCGACUUAAAGCACUGAUAUUAACAUCUUGCAUACUUUUACUGAUUCUUACCUCAUAGCUUAUUAUCGGAGAAAUAGAAAAUAGAUAAUUCUAUAUCAAUUCUUAAUGAAGCCUUAUAUGAAAAUACUGUGAUCAAAUUGAGUAGGUGUCAUUCUUAUUAAACUGGUUAUGACCAUAAAUAUCUUUUUUAUUAUAUUAUAGCAUUGUUAUUAUUAUUAUUAUUAUUAUUAUUAUUAUUAUUAUUAUUAUUAUUAUCAUUAUUAUUAUUAUUAUUAUUAUUAUUAUUAUUAUUAUUAUUAUUAUUAUUAUUAUUAUUAUUAUUAUUAUUAUUAUUAUUAUUAUAUUGAAGAGAGUGCAAUGUCUUUUGUUAAAAAUACAAUGUUCACAUAUUUUUGAGAAACAUGCAACCAACUGCUUUAAACGUAUUACAUAGUGUUAAGUUCAAUUACAUUCAAAGAAUGAAACAAGACAAAUGUAACCAUGUAGGGAAGCAUUACUUUGGCUAGUCACUUAACAGGAUGACAUCAUCAGAAAUGUAAUAAAAUUUUAAGCACAAGUGAAUGUAUCUUAUGACAUGUUCAAUGACAAUAUCUUAUUUAUCUAAAUUAUUUUUUUAAAGUAAUAAGAAGAUAUAUAUAUAUAUAUAUAUAUAUAUAUGUCGAUUAAUGUUUUUUUACAUGAUAGAUACAAACAAAAUUACAAUGUUUUCGAUAAUUAAUGACGCUUUCAAAAUUCCGAUGCAUAAUCGUAAUUGAAACGUUUAAUACAGAAAAUUUACUUGCAUUAAAGCAGAGAAAAGUUUGAGUCAUGCGAAUUCUGUAAAAAUAAAAUUUCGAAUAUUUCAAAAAAAAGGAAAAAAAAGAAAAAAGAAAAAAAUUAUCUAUAUACAUAUAAAAGAAAAAAUAGAAUAUAGAUGUAUCUUUAUGAAUGUAUAAAAGACCGAGAUUUUCUAAAAGUGAAUGUAUUUACUUUGUUGUAAAAAAUAAGCAAUCAUGCGAUAUGGCAGCUGUCAAGCGAAAUAAUUUGAAGAAAUUUCUAUGUAUUUCGAGGAAACAAGAUAUUUAAUGUCAUUCAAUAUGACAAACUUGUCGUUAAUAUAGGAUAAUAUUUAAAAGUAUGGUACUAAAUAUCCAAUUAUAUUUUAAACAAUGAACGGCUUUGAAAGACUAAAAGUAAUCAUAAAACUUAUUCAAAAUGAUUUUAUUUCAUAAAAUUAUUCUUCUCAUAUUGGAAUCUAUAAGUUGGUAUAAAUAUAAAUAGAAAGAAACGUAUGCUUUAAAAUAUGUAUCUAAAAGAUUGAACAGAAAUGAGAUAUUCUUAUGUCAUUAUGUACAGAUUAGUUCAUCAUCGAUUCUUUAUAUGAAUUUUAACGCGAAAAAGAAGAAACCUAUAAAUUUAUAUUUGAUAUGAGUAUUGUGACAUUUACCAAGACCUGUGUUCAUAAAUAGCUGAUUCUAUAUGUUCAGUUAUGAUAUUGCUGCUAUGCAGUUUGAAAGAUAAAGAAUAAAAUUGUUUGAACUCAGUCCUUGGUAUAAGAAUGAAAGUAAGAAAGGAAUUGUAAAACUUAGAAAAAACGAAAAGAAGAGUUAUAAUUAAAUGAUAUGUGUACAAGUUAUAAAUGUUAUAAUGUACACGAGAUAUUGUGAUACGCUUACAUGAAUAUAUUUUUCAUACAAUA